CCACCAAACUCUUUGCAUCCGAAGAGUCACGUGAAUACUAGGUUACAAUAUCCGAAAUCUUACAAACGGAGAGCAACUAAUACAGUUUAAAAAACACAUCAAUUUCAUCACAUAACAAAAUGUACUAACUAGUCCACUCCAUAUCUUAUUGAGCGCAUGUCGCAGCCCGAAGCUUUGCGCGGAUAAACUGCAGCUGUGUGCGGAAGAGCAACAAAAAGGAAACCAAGGAGAAAAAGAUUCCCAAAGAACAAUUUACAAGGAAAUGACCUUCCAUCCGUGCAUCCAGCAGUUGAUCUAAAAUACUUUAACGAUCUUAACCCCUCCGUCUGGAGCACCACCAUCUCCGCGAAGCUGCGUAAAAGCCCGGACUAUUUUUUUUUUGUUUUCCGCACAGACUCAGACUGCUCCGUCCUGCUCAGCAGCGGCCUCCAUUUUAGCUCCUUGCCCGGUUUGUGCCUCACGUGUCCUGGACUGUCUUCCUCACAUGACCCGUGUGUUUGUCCCCGUGAUCUGCACUUCCAUCUCCGUAAAUCAGUGUCGUUGAAUAUCGGCGUUUUACAACCGCAAAACCUUCAUGGAUAUGCUGGAGCAGAGUCUGGACAGCUCGGCGAGUCACGACAAACAGGAAACAGAAGAGGUAGUGCAGCUACAGGAAGGGGAGGUGGUGGGGACGGAGGAGCAGACUGCAGUGACCAUCACCGGCGUCCCGCAGGCUGCGUUUGCUGAUCAUAAUGUGCAGUACCAGUUCCGCACAGAGAACAGUGGAGGACAGGUGACCUAUCGUGUGGUUCAGGUGACAGACGAUCAAUUAGAAGCAGCUGACGGGACUGGAGCUGUCAGCGUCGUCUCUGCUGCAACGUUUGCUGGAGCCCCUCAGGCAGUGGCACAGGCUGUUAUCCAGAACCCUUUCAGCAACGGGGGCAGUCCUGGCGGGGAGACGGUGGGAGGAGAGACACGUUUUGCUUAUUUCCCUGCCGCCACCGUCAGCGAUGGAACAGCCACGGCCGUGUCGGUGCAGGCCACCGCCGACCCAGCAAUCACACAGGCAGGAGGUCAGUUUUACGUGAUGAUGAGCCCCCCUGAGGUGCUGCAGACGGCGGCCCCUCGUACCAUUGCACCUCGCACGCACACCUACACUGCAGACCUUGGUGAAAGCGAGAUGUUGCAGCAUGGCAGUACAAACUGGAAGGUGGAAGGUCCACGGGCGCCCAGAGAUGAGAGGCGAAGAGCACAGCACAAUGAAGUGGAGAGAAGAAGAAGAGAUAAGAUCAACAACUGGAUUGUCACACUUUCAAAAAUCAUCCCUGACUGCAGCGUAGACAGCAGAACUGGAGCGAGUAAAGGCGGCAUCCUGUCCAAAGCUUGUGACUACAUCCGAGAGCUGCGUCAGAGUAACCAGCGACUGCAGGAGAGUUACAAAGAGGUGGAGCGCGUCGAGAUGGACAACGACCUGCUUAGACAACAGAUUGAGGAACUGAAGAAUGAUAAUGCACUGCUUCGAGCACAGCUACAGCAGCACGGUGUAGAAGUCAAUGGAGAUGCAACACCACAGUGAUUGUGGACUGGACACAUGUAACAUCUCAAACACAAUGUCGCAUCCUCCCACCCACCUGAACAAUAGCAGGAAAGGAAUAACAAAUGAGAGACAAUUUCCAUCUAAGAUUGGACCACAAGAAGACACGCAGGGCUCGAGAAGAACACUGAAAGACUGCAAAGUCAAAACGCCACCUCCACCUCCAGCUGUUCAAAGGCUGAAUGCUCUGAAAUCACCUCUGCUUCAAGGAAAACAACCUCUGCACAGCACCACCACACUUGCACCAAACUUUCUUUUUACUCUUAAAUUAUGAACCUGCCACAGAAAAUUUACUUUUAAUGAUUUCACCUUUUCGUCGUACCACAAACUCCUCUUUAUUCCUUUUUUUUGUUGACAUUUGCUGUGUUUGAAACUACUAAAUGUGACAUGAAUGAUAGCUCCCGUUUACUUUUAAUUUAUUAGUCUUUAAGGAAUGUGUACACAGAAAGAAAAGCGGAUCUCUGCAUUUACUCUCUCCCCAGUUACAAACAAAUAAUGGGCAAAUCAAAUAUUUUGAUCAUGCUCAUCACUGUUUCUAAGGAUAGUUUUACUGUCAGUGGAUCAUGUGUAUAUAUAGUUGAUCUGUGUGCAGUAACUUUUCAAUGUCUGCCUAUUCACACUGACACUCCAAGCACCAGGCAGGUCUCACAAACUUUAUGAACAUAGUCCCAUGUCAGUAAAUUCAAAAUACUUUACUGACAGUCAAAGUAAAAGCUGCUUUGGAGGUCUUAUUUUUAGUACAAGACCUUAAUAGAAGCCUGUCGGAGAAUCUAGGUGUUAACAUAGCUCAGGUAAUUGGGAUAGUGCACUGGCAAGUGGUUCCCAGACUCAAUGAAGUCUUUAUAUAUUAGAUCUCUGUUGUGUCCCCAUUAGGUGCAAUGUACAGAUAAAUGGAGAUGAUUUUCAAUGUGUGUAUCAUUUUUUUAAUGGGCAUUAAAAUAUGGUUUGUUGGUAUAUCUGCUUAAUAGGUCACUGGUGUAAUGAACCGAAAUAGAGGUUCAGUCAUGAGAGGUCUUGGUUUGAGACAGGCAUUUGUUUGGGUCACUAGUCCUGCUGCAUUUUAGUGAACACCCGAGGAGGCUUUUAUUGCAAUAUUCUCUAAUUCUUUAAAACUUUGGGAACCCUUGCUGCUGACAGAAGACCAUAAAACAACCAUGGUCAGGGAUGUGCUGAUGAGAGUAGUUUGGAUGUGAGUGAUAAUAGUUGUAAAACCAGCUUUUGUCUACACUGAAAGUCACCACAGCAUGGAAAUAUAACCACUGGCAUGACUAAUUCUGAUACUACAAUAAAACAGAAGUGUUUAUACCUGA